AUGGAUAGGGAGAUUCCAGCCUUAAUGGGUGUUUCGAAGGCUAUAUUGGAUAAUGUUAUAUUUGUGCACCAAGACGAAUCCAAUUGGCCGUUACAGGACCCGUCAACACUUAAGAAAAAGUUUGACGACAUCUUUUCUGCUACCCGCUAUACCAAAGCUCUCGAAGUCAUAAAGAAACUUCAGAAGGACCAAGCACAAGAAAUCAAGACUUUUAGGUUAAAGCUGGAGAACCUUCAAACUCUUAAAGAUCAAGUAUACAGGCUUCGGGACAGUAUUGCGCAAGAUCAAGAGAAGUCAGAUGCCUUAAAAACUCAAAUGGAGGACCUGAAAACAAACAUCCAGGCUGUCGAAAACAAAAUCCGUCGUACCGAAACAAGUAUCAUGGACUUGAGGAGACUUCAGGAGCAAAUUAGCACCAAGGCAACAGCUAGAAGUACAUAUUUAACACUUCAGCAGCAACAGUAUGCUGCCCUUUCUGAGGAAAAUGAAGAUACCGAUGAGGAACUGAGGGAGUGGCAAACAACAUUUGAAGAAAAAAUUACGAUACUGUAUACGAAAAUCGGUAAACUUGAACGAGAGAUGAAUGAUGAAUAUACAAAAAUCUCUCUGCUAUCUGAGACCAUCAAUGAUUCAACACGUCAAAUAGGGAAGCUCCAGGCAGAAGCUGAUGCUCACGUGUCGGUCAAGCACGAACGAGACUCAGCCAUCAGAAAGAUAUUCAAUAAAUAUAAUCUCGGGCCAAUUCCUGAUGCUCCUUUUACUAAUGAUAUUGCUGCGAACCUUACAUACAGGACUAAAGCAAGACUAUCGAAUCUCGAGGACGAUUUGCAGGAAAAGAAGAAAUCUAAUGAGACACAGUUAGAGUUUCUUUGGGGACGUUAUCUCAAAGUAAAUGCUCGCUACUCUGAAGUUGAUGGCCAGAUACAAUCUAAGAAAGAAUCUAAGAUAGGUGUUUUAAGGCGUAUGAAAGAUAAAGAGACUGAACGAGAUGCUGCAGAGAUGGAGCUUUCAAAGCAUAAUCUGGCCCGUAUUGAUGAAAGAGAUCGGCAUUUGCAAAUUGAGGUCGAGAAGAGGACAAUUGCCUUGGGAGAAAGAGACUACGAUUUGAUUAUAAGUCAGAAGCGCCCAGAGAUAUAUGCCUUGGACCACAAGAUAAAAGCACUUCACCGGGAGAAAGAUAACAUAACUACUGAUGCUGAUGACAGAGUAAAAUUAGAACUGAAGAAGGAUGAAUUGGAAAAGUGCAAGAAGAAACUUAAAAAGAUAUAUGAUGAACACAAGGACAAAUUUAGAAGUGUUCUUAAGGGGAGGCUUCCUUAUGAGAAGGAUGUCAAGAAGGAGAUUACUCAAGCUUUUGGGUUUGUAGACGCGGAAUACAAUGAUUUGAGCUCAAAAUCUCUGGAAGCGGAACAGCAGUUGAAAUUGGCACAAAUGAAAAUUUCUGCUGCUAGAAGCCACUUGUCAAAGCUCCAAAAAGAUUUGGACGCAAAAAGAAACCAUCUGAAUUCGAAACUUCAACCCAUUACUAAGGUAUCUGUUGACAUCAACACUUACCCCAAGAUUCUGAAAGAUGCCAUGGACGACAGAGAUAAACAAACAAAUACGUACAAUUAUGCAAAGGGAAUGCGGCAAAUGUAUGAACCUUUUGAAAAAGUGGCCCGCCAGCAGCACAAGUGUCCUUGCUGUGAUCGUGCUUUCACACCUGAUGAAGAGGACCUCUUUGUAAAGAAGCAAAGGACUACAGGUACAAGUACCGCAGAGCGCCUGAAUGUACUGGCAAUCGAAUUAUCAAAUGCUGAAGAGUUUUUCGAUCAAUUGGAUAAUCUCCAUGUGGUUUAUGAUGAAUAUGUGAAACUGGGGAAAGAGACCAUACCUUUAGCAGAGAAGGAUUUGGAACAACUUUUGGCAGAUGAAAGUGAGAAGGCGCAGAUAUUCGAAGACCUUGUGAGUGCUCUUGCUCAAGUUAAAAUGGACAGGGAUGGAGUCGAAGUCUUGUUACAUCCAGUUGAUACUAUCAACAGGCAUGUGCAAGAAAUACAGGAGUUAGAACCACAAGUCAAAGAUCUUGAGUAUAAGCUUGAUUCUCGUGGCCAAGGUGUUAAAUCUGUCGAGGAAAUCCAGUUGGAGCUGAACUCUGUGCAGAGGGCAAGGUAA